AUGCUCGUCCUCACCACCGCACUGCGCACCUCGCGCGCCCGCUCUCUCCCCACCACCACCACCCCCGCCCGCCUCAUUCACCUCUCCCUUCCCUCCGCCCGCCACGCGCGCGACCCGAGCGCUUCCCAGAAUGACCACCCCGCCCACCCCGGCGACCCGCACGACCAAGCCGCGCGCGCGGGGCUCGCCGUCGGCCGCGGCGCGCGCGGCGCGUCCCUGCUCGACGCCGCCGAGAAGCGCGAAUCCCCGGCGCCGGCGCCGACGCGCGGGAAUCCCGAGCGCGUCGGGUUCGUGGACCAGGUCGGCGGGCAGUCCGCGGCGGCGACGGGCGGCGCGCACGGAGGGGGCGUGGGCGGGCGCGAGGACGCGGCGCCGGCCCACGGGGGGUUCGUCGCGCGCGUGAGGCGUGCGCUCGGGUUCGUCGGGGUGGGCGCGGGCGCGGACGGGGGUGCCGGGCGGAGAGGCGUGCACACGUCCGCGCGUGCGGCGAGCGGUGGGGAGGAGGAGCGGCUCGCGACCGCGCACGCCUCGCACGGGGAGCAGAACGAGCACCUGCGGCACAAGGCGGCGGGCGAGCCUGACGCGGGCACUAGACGCGGCGGGAACGCGGGGGCGACCCCGGAACUGCCGUCGCAACAAGUGAGCGUGCACAAGGGGGUGUUGACCUGA